AAAAUGCUUAACAUUGAACUUAACAGAGCCUGAGUUACCGCCUCCAUCUGUUUGGUAUUUCGGCACUGCUCUGCGACGGUCCCACUUGCGGCGCCAUUCAGCAAACGGUCACUCUGAAUCGUUCUUUCCUUUUUCAUCAACAUGGCUGAUCAGAACGAGCGCGCCUUCCAAAAACAAUUCGGUGUCAACCUAAACCGCAAGGUCAAGCCCGGCAUCACCAAGAAGAAGCUGCUGCGUCGCUCCCGCGAUGUGGGACUCGGUUUCAAGACCCCCCGUGAGGCCAUCGAUGGUACCUACAUCGACAAGAAGUGCCCCUGGACCGGUGAUGUGAGGAUCCGUGGUCGCAUUCUGACCGGCGUGGUCCGCAAGGCCAAGAUGCAGCGCACCAUUGUCAUUCGGCGCGACUACCUGCACUUUGUGCGCAAAUACAGCCGUUUCGAGAAGCGUCACCGCAACAUGAGCGUCCACUGCUCCCCUGUUUUCAGAGAUGUUGAGCAUGGCGAUAUUGUCACCAUUGGUGAGUGCCGUCCUCUGUCCAAGACUGUGCGCUUCAACGUCCUGAAAGUCAGCAAGGGUCAGGGAGCCAAGAAGAGCUUCAAGAAGUACUAGAGCGGACAACUACCAUUCGGGCGAUAAUAUUUGUAGCAAUUAUUCUUUUUGAAUAAAACAAAAAAAGUAACUUUAA